AUGGGUCGUGCCAAGAGGUCUGAUUCCCACCAAACCACGAGGGGAUCACAGGGGGCUACGGAGAAAGGACCGCUCGACGAAUACCUACACACGCCGAGCAGACAGCCGCGCACCGCCACAGGCCACAAAAUGGCCGACGACCGGACCUCAGCACAGCCGCCCGACACGCAGGAACCCUCACUGUCGGACAUUCGGGCUGACAUCAGAGCCUUAACGGGAGCCAUGGUCACGAAAGCUGACCUGCAGGCACUAUCAGCCACGCUCCAUGAGGCAAUCAGAUCGGAGGUAGCUACAAUUCAGAGGGACAUAGUAGCUCAAGAUGGACGCAUACAAACCCUGGAAGCAACUCAACUUACAACAAGUAGCAGAUUGGAUGCCACUGAUGCUGCAGUAACAAGGCAAGGCAACAUGCUGCUACAAUUAAGGAGGCAGACUGAGGACCUAGAUAAUAGGGGCCGAAGGUCGAACAUCAGAAUCCGAAACCUACCAGAAGCAGCAGGAGAAGAGGAUGUCCAGGCUACGCUGACUGCCCUGUUCAGGGAAAUCCUAGGCCCGGACUCGCUGCCGCGCAUUGACUUGGACCGCGCACACAGAGCCCUGAGACCGCGCAACGCUGACAAUACACCCAGAGAUGUCAUAUGCUGUCUCCAUGAAUACAAGGUAAAGGAGAUGAUCAUGAACAAAGCCAGACUGAAACCAACAUGGCGGUUCCAAGGAGCGGAGGUAGCCCUAUAUCAAGAUCUCUCCCCACUCACACUUGAGGCCCGCAGAGCGCUGAGACCAGUGACACAACUGCUACGCAGUCGCAAUAUACCGUAUAAGUGGGGAUUCCCUUUCUGCUUACUGGCCAGACAUAAUAAUGAGUGGCGGCCUUUGCGUUGGCCGGAUGAGGUACCGGCUUUUCUUCAAGGCAUGGGCCUUCCACGCACGGAGGUUACGGACUGGAUCCUGAACCCGCUGGAACAGAGACCCAACCAACCAGCCCCGAGAGCACCGAGGCGGCGCAGGGAAGACUCGCCGCUCCGACGGCCGGACCGCAGACCUCUCAAUCCGGCGCAACACCCAGUACAACCUGGAGACUAA